UUCCGCCCGUCCCCGCCCCCUUGUCUUACAAACGCUCCUCGGUUCUUUCUACACUGGUUCGCGUCCUCAGGAAUGAGCAGAACGGCAUCUUCCGUCCAACGGGGCUGUCAACCGUGGUCGUCUGUCACUGAGCUCGGUGGAGAGACGAGACACAGCUGGGGACUUAUUUUCGUGGCGGAGGUCGCAGUCGGCUGUGGACAUUUCACCGCGGGGGAGGUGCUGUACGUCCAAGAUGGCGGCGCCCUGUAGGCUGGAGGAGCUGUGAGGUAAACAGCUGAGAGGGAGGAGACGUUGGAUGCGCCUCUUCAGGUAAAAGAUCCACGGGAAUUGAUUGCAGGAGGAAGGCAGUAUGACUCACUGGAUUAACAUCUGGUUUAAAGAUUCUGAAGUUUGGAGACUCCUGUGUUUUCUUUCUCCCUCUCUGUUGGGUUGCAUGACUGUGGCCAGUGACCAUGAAAGACACCAGGUUGACAGCACUAGAAACUGAAGUACCAAUUGUCCCCAGAACAGUCUAGUUGUGGCACCCAUGAAGAGCAUUGAGAGGCUUUAAUGCACACCACGGACCCAGCGCAGCACAUCUGUGUAAGAGAAUGGCCCAACAAGCGAAUAUCGGGGAGCUCCUCUCCAUGCUGGAUUCCCCCGUGCUGAGUGUGCGUGACGAUGUAACAGCUGUCUUUAAAGAGAACCUCAGUUCUGAUCGUGGUCCAAUGCUUGUAAACACCUUGGUGGAUUAUUACCUGGAAACCAGUUCUCAGCCUGUCCUGCACAUCCUGACGACCUUGCAAGAACCACAUGAUAAGCACCUCUUGGACAAAAUGAAUGAAUGUGUGGGCAAGGCCGCCUCUCGGUUAUCCACCCUCUCGUUACUGGGGCACGUCGUAAGGCUGCAGCCAUCUUGGAAGCAUAAGCUCUCUCACGCACCCCUUUUGCCUUCUUUACUAAAAUGUCUCAAGAUGGACACCGAUGUCGUUGUCCUCACAACAGGUGUCUUGGUGUUGAUAACCAUGCUACCAAUGAUCCCACAAUCGGGAAAACAGCAUCUUCAUGAUUUCUUUGAUAUUUUUGGCCGUCUUUCAUCGUGGUGCCUGAAGAAACCAGGCCACGUGACAGAGAUCUAUCUCGUCCAUCUCCAUGCCAGUGUUUAUGCCUUCUUUCAUCGCCUUUAUGGAAUGUACCCUUGCAACUUCGUCUCCUUUCUGCGUUCUCACUACAGUAUGAAGGAAAACUUGGAGACUUUUGAAGAAGUGGUCAAGCCAAUGAUGGAGCAUGUGCGAAUUCAUCCGGAAUUAGUGACUGGAUCCAAGGACCAUGAACUGGACCCUCGAAGGUGGAAGAGAUUAGAAACACACGAUGUUGUAAUAGAGUGUGCCAAAAUCUCUCUGGACCCUACAGAAGCCUCAUAUGAAGAUGGCUAUUCUGUGUCUCACCAAAUCUCCACCCGCUUUCCUCAUCGUUCAGCCGACGUCGCUGCCAGCCCUUAUGUUGACACACAGAAUAGCUAUGGGAGUGUUACUUCUACUCCUCACCCCACCUCUCGACUGAUGUUGUUAACUAUGCCCGGGCAGCUACCUCAGACUCUGAGCUCCCCAUCGACUCGGCUGUCAACUGAGCCGCCACAAGCUACCCUUUGGAGCCCAUCCAUGGCUUGUGGUAUGACCACUCCUCCAACUUCUCCUGGAAAUGUCCCAUCUGAUCUGUCCCACCCUUACAGUAAAGUCUUUGGUACAACUGGUGGAAAAGGAACUCCUCUGGGAACCCCAGCAACUUCUCCUCCUCCAGUCCCGCUCUGCCAUUCGGAUGACUUUGUGCACGUUUCACUCCCGCAGGCCGCAGCCACGCCCCCCAGGAAGGAAGAGAGAGCAGAUUCUGCAAGGCCCUGUCUACACAGACAACAGCUGCUGAAUGACAGAGGACUAGAAGAGCCAUCUGGCGGCAGAGGUCCCGUCACUCUGAGUGAUCUUCCAGGGUUUUUAGGUGGCCUGGCCUCUGAGGAAGACAGCUUUGAAAAGGAUAAAGAAGAAGCCGCAAUAUUUAAAGAACUCUCUGAGAUCACGACGGCCGGCGCCGAGCUCCUGGCUCCUCGAGGAGGCUUUGACUCUCCCUUCUACCGGGACAGUCUCCCGGGCUGUCCGCGGAAGACCCACUCGGCCGCCUCCGGGGCCCAGGGCGCCAGUGUGAACCCUGAGCCCUUGAACUCCUCCCAGGACAAGCUUGGGCCUGACGCACCAAAGCAAGCCUUUACUCCCAUAGACCUGCCCUGUGGCAGCGCGGAGGAAAGCCCUGCCGGGAGCAGGGAGCGCCAGGCUUCCCUGGAGACCAGCAUCCUCACGCCCAGCCCUUGUAAAAUUCCACCUCAGAGGGGAGUGGGGUUUGGAAGUGGGCAGCCUCCCCCAUAUGAUCAUCUGUUCGAGGUGGCAUUGCCCAAGACUGCCCGUCAUUUUGUCAGCAAGAAGACUGAGGAACUGUCACAGAAAGCGAAAGGCACCGCAGAGGAAGACUGUGCGCCGUCUGCCUCCCCAGUGGAAGUGCUGGACAGGCUGAUACAGCAAGGGGCGGAGGCUCACGGCAAGGAGCUCAGCAAGUUGUCUUUACCCAGCAAGUCUGUGGACUGGACCCACUUUGGAGGCUCUCCUCCCUCAGAUGAGAUCCGCACCCUCCGUAACCAGUUGCUUUUACUGCACAACCAGUUACUCUAUGAGCGUUUUAAGAGGCAGCAGCAUGCGCUCCGGAACAGGCGGCUCCUCCGCAAGGUGAUCAGAGCGGCUGCCCUGGAGGAACACAAUGCGGCGAUGAAAGACCAGUUGAAGUUACAAGAGAAAGACAUCCAGAUGUGGAAGGUUAGUCUGCAGAAAGAACAAGCCAGAUACAGUCAGCUUCAGGAGCAGCGAGACACGGUGGUGACCCAGCUCCACAGCCAGAUCAGACAGCUGCAGCAUGACCGGGAGGAAUUCUACAACCAGAGCCAGGAACUGCAGACAAAGCUGGAGGACUCCCAGGACAAGAUCGCGAAGCUGGGCCUGGAGCUGAGGAAUGCCAGAAGCAAGGUGUGCCACACUGAGCUGCUGCUCAGUCAGGUUUCCCAGAAGCUCUCAAACAGUGAGUCGGUCCAACAGCAGAUGGAGUUCCUGAACAGGCAGCUGUUGGUCCUCGGGGAGGUCAAUGAGCUGUAUUUGGAACAACUGCAGAACAAGCAUUCGGACACCACAAAGGAAGUGGAAAUGAUGAAAGCCGCGUACCGGAAAGAACUAGAAAAAAACAGAAGCCAUGUCCUCCAGCAGAAUCAGAGGCUGGAUACCUCUCAGAAAAGGAUUUUGGAACUGGAAUCUCAUCUGGCCAAGAAAGACCACCUUCUUUUGGAACAGAAGAAAUACUUAGAGGAUGUCAAACUCCAGGCAAGGGGACAGCUGCAGGCUGCGGAGAGCAGGUACGAGGCUCAGAAGAGGAUUACCCAAGUGUUUGAAUUGGAGAUCUUAGAUCUGUAUGGCCGUUUGGAGAAAGAUGGCCUCCUGAAAAAACUUGAAGAAGAGAAAACAGAAGCAGCUGAAGUGGCAGAAGAAAGGCUUGACUGUUAUAAUGACAGCUGCUCGAAUUCUGGAACAGGGCACAACGCAGAGGCGUCUGGCCACAACGGUGAGACCAGGCCCCCCAGACCUGGCUUUGCCCGGGGCAGUGGUGGGAGUAGAGGAGGUGGAGGCCGCUGCAGCAGUGAGCUUUCUGCCCCGGAGAAAACCCCACACCAGAGGGCAGGCUCCUUGGGCAGCCGGUGGGAAGCUGCCAUGGGAGAGCCCUCUGCCAGCAUCCCUGCGACUGUGGGCUCACUGCCCAGUUCAAAGAGCUUCCUGGGCAUGAAGGCUCGAGAGCUGUUCCGUAAUAAGAGUGAGAGCCAGUGUGAUGAGGACAGCGUGGCCAUCAGUAGCCUUUCCGAGACCCUGAAGACAGAGCUGGGCAAAGACUUGGGUGCAGAAGCCAAGACGCCCCUGAACCUGGAUGGCCCACACCCGUCUCCCCCCAGCCCGGGCAGUGUCGGGCAGUUCCAUAUCAUGGAUUACAAUGAGACUCAGCACGAACACAGCUAGGAUGGCGGCCAAUCAGUGUCACCUUGCAUAUUGCUGGCAUAGAACAGGAGGUGUGAUGCACGAUUCAAAGCUUUCCUAUUUCCGGGGUUUGAGUGGCUAGCUCACGCAGUGGGAAUGGGAUGGUCCUUUUAACAGCUGACUGAAUGCAGAACGGUUUUUGGGUCUGGUAUUAAGAUGCCUCUUCCUUCCCUCCCCCCACCCGCAAUCGUCUCUUAUGUUCCCAGCAGGGUGUACUGACCCAAGGGCCACUUUGCAUUCCUCAGCAGCUUUAUUUCCUCCCUUUCCCCAAAAUGGUUGCGUCCUUUGAACCUGUGCAAUAUGAGGCCAAAUCUAAUCUUUGAGUCUAACACAUCACUCUCUCCCUUCCCUAAAGCUCAGAUAACUGGGCUGGCUGGCUGUUGGCCCAGGUAAAUUGGUGGUGGUGCAGGUAAGUCCGUUUUUGUCCCUUCUCAGGAGGACAGUGUGAGCAGCUGACUAUCUUCACGUGAAAGCUUUUACGUGAGACUUUUCCUCUGCUUUUGGUUCUGAAGUUCAGCAUCUGAAGCAGCAGAUCUAGAAAAACAAUGGUGUCUUCACCCUUACGUUCUUUUGAUUUCCGAGAAAGUUCUGUGUGAACAAAUGUCUGUUGGUUGAGAAGUCUGGAGCUGGCACUGUGGAGACCCUACUCUCCUCUGUGAACAUUCUGUCCCUCCUUCCCCACUACCUCUUAUUUAUUUGCCAUUUGCUCGAAAGCUGGUACUGUUCUGACCACAGGUUGGGGUGUGGGUGGUAAAACCUGCCCUCUGCAGGGGGGAGGGUGGUGACUGCAGCAGUUGCCCAGGAAGCACUUGUGAUGAGGAGCUGCCCCUUCAGGCAUGGCUGAGCUUGCCGAGCCUCGUGGUGAAACCCCUCCAUCUGCCCGCCUCCCUUUGUGUCUCUCAGCCUGCCGUCCAUGUCAGCUGCCAUGUGGCGCUGCAGCAGAAAGGCCCUGAAGGCCCAGAGAGUUUCUUCAGAGCUCAGUGGCCACGUUUCUCAGGCUGUUAGAGUUGCCUCCCUGUAGGAGGUUCUGGGGCCCCGAAAAAGUAACAGCAUCUUUACACCAUUCUCGCUUUCAGAGGCCAACUGUUGAGGGAGCUUGGUGCUGUUAGUGACGGCAGAGCGCCCUAGAGCCGUCCUGGGGAGCGCUGACAAAGGUUGACUGCUGGGGAUCUCCCGGGCUGCCCGCACAUGCUCUGGAGAGGGGUACGCUCAGAACACCUGUGGUGGUGGCGCACCUGGGCUCUGGGCUCAGCACUCGCUCCUGAAGUCAGUGCUAGAUGCCCGAGAGCUGUGGCCUGAUCUUCCAGCUGAGGCAAGGGGGGGUGGGGGGGAAGAGCUGAGGAAUCUGAUGUUUUAUCCUUUUAGUUAAAACUUUUAGUUGAAAGGGUUCAGCCAUGAAGAGAGAAAAGGCAAACAGUAAUGGUACGAAAUCUUACUGCACAUGGAAGCUUUCAGCACGUGAGGGUAAAAGUCUCUUGUUUUCGUGUGGAAUAAGUAGUCUAGCAUCCCUACCCACAGGGAGCUGGGUAACAAGAGGCUCUGUCACCAUGGCUGUACUGGCAGGAGGCCUCUGGGGACGGGGUUUUCAGUUGUGACUGAUUGGCAGCCUGAGGAGGGUACGCCCCUGGCUGCGCGCGGCCCAGCAUGGCAUUGGCUACUGCUGCUGGGGUCCCACGUGGAGUGUUAGUGACACACACAGUUAACUCAGCCUUGUCUAAAGGAAAGCUUAAAACUGAAUACGUUCUUGUUUCCUAAUCCAGUUUUAGCAAAGGAAAACACAAGCAAGUUCAGAAAGGAAAACUGAAUACAGGGUAACUAUUGCAGCUGGUUCAAAACACUUACCCCCCUCCCCAAGCCCAAGAGAUCUGUGCCACAGAACAAAGAUAACCAGGCGCUUAAAUCAAAGCCUUUUCUCUAACUAGCAAAGGCAAGGAAGCCAGUGUGAAGGAAGAAAAACAUUAAAAAAUUUUUUUCAGUGGGUGGAUUGUACAAAUAGAGGGAAGAAGGAGGCAGCAUGGCUAAGUGGAUGGCGGCCCGUGCUGGCGCUCUGCAGGCAGCUCUCUGGCCCUGGGCACAUUCCUGGGGCCUGGGCAUCUGUUUGCUCAGCUUACAACCCUGCUGGUCCAGAAGAGCUGCACCCAGCUUCCUUUGGGUUCUAGGAGCCGUGCGUUUAAUCAGUCAGGGCUGGUAGAUUAAGACCUGGAGUCAUGUUGAAGUUACCCAUCUAAAAAUGGAGGUUUUUGUGUUGUAAAGAUCUCGAGUUAAUAGUAAGGUUUGGUUUGGUUUUAAAAUGAUAAACCUGCCAAGGAUCAGCAGGUCACUUGAUCACGUGGCGGCGAGUAUUAAACGAUGGACCCGCGGUGGAAGGGGAGCUCCCAAGGGAGACUUCAGGCCUGGGAACUGGCGGGGGAUUGGUGUUGGGGCAGAGCUGGCUUGGGACUGAGGGAGCAGCCUGGAGCCCAUGGGGGUCAGCCUGCCCACAGUGUCUCUUGAGCAGGCUUGCCUGCCUCAGAGCUGUUUGGCCAAAGUGCGUAACCCACUCUGACCCCCACCUGACACUAACUGGGGUCACAACAGGCUGGAGUCUGCUUCUUGGGCAGCAUGAAAUUUGUUUUUAAAAGAAGCACUACAGUACCAUUGGUGGGGGUGGAGGGGAGUGGAGCUUGGAGAUGACAGCAUGGCCUCCACAGGAAAAAUGAGUUCCUGAAUCUACUAUAGGAAAGAAGCACAUAGGUCUCCCAGACAGAACUUAAUAAAUUAAAAAAAAGUUUUUGACGAGGUUCUGCCAUAAAGUUUACAAGAAUUGUUAGUAUGGGAUUGGAAAAAAUACCUGGUCACAAGUAAGAAAACUGACUGAAAUCCAAAGGUAGGAGAUGAAGGUUGUUUCUUGGGUCAAGAGGUUUAACAGUCUCUCUGGAGAUGAGUGCUAGGGUCAGCCUCAUAAGGCCGGUGGUUGGACGUGGCCUCCUUGGGUUUGUCCCCAGACUGUUUCAGAGGAAGCUACCUGACCUUUGGGAUGAGCUGCAGAAGGUUCUUCGUAGGCUUCACGAGUGGAGAGAGAAGGGACAGAUAAGCUACUUUGUGAGCCAGAACGUAUGUACUGUGUUCAGGGGGAAAUAGUCCAAACUCUUCUUAGAAGUAACUGUAACAAUCCAGGAGAAGGUCCGGGAAACCCCUGACAAGAGAAAAUUAACCCACCAGGCCACCAUGGCCAAAGAGCCUGCACAUCAGAGUGACAGGAAACAGCACUCCAGACCCCGAGCCAGGCUCCCGGCAACAGCACAUGGAGUUUCUGGCGGUUUUGUCAAGAAACCAGUUGGAAAAGAGGAUGUACACAAUGAUCAUGGCGAUGAGAGGAUCUCUGUGAGCUGGACCAGAGGUUCAGACAUACAGUUAAGAAUUAAAAAAAGGUUUUUCUAUGUAGAGAGUGUAACAGAUACGCUGUGACUAGCCAAUGUGAAUUUUCACUGAAUCCUAGAGCAUGCCACUUGAAGUCAGAAGGAAAUAAUUGAAGAACAAAUGAAAGAAAGUACCGUGUGAAGCUACCUAGUCUCUCUCACUGAGAGCACUAAGAAGUGGUAGAAAGUGUGGACAGGUUCAAGGAGGGUUUGGGCCAGAGGGAAGGCUUAGUCCAGAACUGCAGUCAAGGCAGUGUCGCCACCUGCGGAUGCUUUCAGAAAGUCCUCUCUCUGGAGUAGCCCUUGGAGAAUAUCAGUCUCACCCAGGAGCUUGUGUCUCACUUGGGGAAGAAAGCUGCCUUAUGUAUUGGCCCAAAUCAGCACACCUUACUCUGCUACAUUUUCACUUUUUAAGGUACAUGCUGUAAAGUCAACCAGCAGUGGGUAUUGGAAAACGUAUCCAGUCUGAAGAUGUUUGUGUAUUUGUUUACAUCCAGAAUUCUGUGACGUGUGUCCCUGCCCUCCUCCCUAAGACCUCUGUAAAGGAAUUGAUUGCACUUGAUUAAGCUUCUCUCUAUAGGUGAAAGAGCAAGUUUAGGUUGGGGCCUGGCCUCUAGGCUGCUCCUGUGACCCUUGUCCCAUGUGGCCCAAAGGGUUCCCAUCCAUGACCCUCUGAUGCAACAGAGGAGAGCAGUGUUCCCGUCUUCUCCCUGCUGUUCUCCAGUCUGUAUAUGUUUACCGGAGAGAAGAGUGGCUACAGCCCCAGGGGAGACCUGCCUGGGAUGGUUGAGCACCUGUGCCCACUUCUCUGGCCCUCAAAUCAGUUGGUGAAGGCCAAGGACCUUUCUCCCCCUCUUCCCUUCCCAGUGCCACAAAAUUAUCCAUCCUCUGGGAUUAGUAGGCUAGUUGAACAGUUGGAGUCUUUUAGGGGAGACUCCUGAGAGUCUGAGAACCCCCCCAGACCGACCUGUCCACCCCUUUCCCCACCCCAUACAGUGUUUGGCAGGAGGGUACGGUGCUGCUGUGCAGCAGGUAUGUGGGCCUAUCAAAGAGGCAGCCGGGCAUUCUGCACUGGGAAGAAUCAGCGAUCACUUUUCAGGAGACUUCUAUGGACCAUAGGAAUAUAUUACGGAGGGACAGAUUGUGCUGAGAUGUAAUCUAGUUUUGUAAUUCAAUCAUGGGUAAUCAUAUGUGGCUAACUUGCAGUUUAAAGAGGUCCCAUCACUGAAAAUCAAAAAAAAUUUUGACUGCUUUUAGUUAAAUUUAAGAAAGUCAUCUCUUGUCAAAAGGUUUAAACUUUCCUGCCUCGAUCUUAAAAGCAUGUCAAACAAUCCCCAUCAGAUGGCCAUAAACGUGAACUGCAAGAGAAAAUGGUACAAUCUUAGUGAAUGAGAAUUGGAGUCAAAAGGGUUUGCUGUCCUUCUUAGAAUGUUCUAAAAUGUCAAGGCAGUUGCUUGUGUUUAACUGUGAACAAAUAAAAAUUUAUUGUUUUGCACUAC